UCAGUCAGCGAGCAGGAACCAGUGGGCGUGCUUACGUCAUUAUAAUCGACACGAGACCGGAAUUAGCAUAGCUUUACUAUUUAACGACUACCUGUCAGCGUGAGACGAGAAGGAGCUCAACACUCAGCAAAGCCAACUGGCUGACCUGGCUCACGUGACUGUCACUGCUCAUUCAUAUCACUACUGCGCAGCCUCCCUCAUAACUCGGCUGAUUGAAGCCGGCGGAAGGCUGGCGGUGGGACCGUGAUUGUGGCAAUAUAUAAUUUCAGCGUGAUAGUAGGAGAGACGCUGGAGAUAAUGCCAGGAUGAAUACAUUCUUAGAUUAUUCAGUGAUGAGCGGCGGCGACGGGGGUGGCGGGGGUUCGUGCUCUGUCAGUGCAUUCCAUGCAGAUCACGGAACUUUCCAGUCGUGUUCCGUCACGGUAAAUAACUGCAACGGUAGCGAGCGGUUCUUGACUAGCAGAGCGUCACCGGACUCUGUUUCAAACCAUUCACAUAAAGCCGGCUCUUACCAAUCCUCUGGUACACUAUCAAUUGCCUAUGGUGCCCAUCCAACGUAUGGGGCGCAAACUUUUUGCACCAGUUAUAAUCACUACACCGUCAACCAGGAUUCUGACUCUACUGCAGCUUUAAGUCAGUGCGGUCCGCUAGUUUACUCUGGAAAUACUGUCGAGCCCCAUCAGCGUCAUCAUCAUCAUCAUCAUCAUCAUCCUUUUCGACAUGGUUACACCGGCAGCAGCGUUCGCUUACCUGGGCAACUUCAGUUUGCAGCUGCUACGUAUGGUCACGGUCAGGAUCAGGCAAAUUUGCCGUUACUGACAGGUUGUUCAAAUCCUCUCUCUUCUCUGCAUGCGUCUCAUCACAGCGCGUGCUGUUCAUCUCUAUCAGAUGGCGUGUCAGCGGCGCAGACGUUUGACUGGAUGAAAGUUAAGCGGAACCCACCAAAAACAGGUAAAGUCGGAGAGUAUGGAUAUGUCGGACAGCCCAACACUGUUCGAACAAAUUUUACUACCAAACAGCUGACAGAGCUAGAGAAGGAGUUUCACUUCAACAAGUAUUUGACGCGCGCCAGGCGUGUAGAGAUAGCUGCUGCCCUCCAGCUGAAUGAGACUCAGGUGAAGAUCUGGUUUCAGAAUCGUCGCAUGAAACAGAAGAAGCGCGAAAAAGAGGGGCUGCUGCCCAAAACUGAAUCGGCACCAGUAGACGGCCAAGAAAAAGCUGAAGUUUCAUCCGAGCUUUCUUUCUCUGCACCGUCAACGCCAUCUCCCGGCUCCUCUGCGACUGAUCCGUACUCCUCGGGCUAAUGGCCUGUUACUGAGUUAUGCUAUUUGGAUAACAAUUCCAUAGCUCCAUAGAUGUGGUGGACCUAUGUAACUGGGCCUGCCAAAUAAUGCACUAUUUAUGUGGCUUGACGAUUCAUUGUGUUAUGUUAUUGUAAGAUAGUAGGCAAUCAAGCUAAAGAAUUCAAUUUCAUUAAGUGCAUUUUCGGACACAAUAAUGACAGCUGCCACGUUAAUGUAAAUAUUUCAGUUGGGUCUAGAUUACCUCGUGUAGAUUAGAAAAGGACGAACGACAUGAAGGUGUAUAGGCUAAUUGCUAGUCUGAAGGUAGAGAGAAAGAAAAUGGUGCUGUCCGAGAACCUUGUUUUGGCUGAAAACAAGCCUGCAUUAUACUACCUCGUGUCAUCAGCCUCUGUCACCUGGACUGUUUGUGCUGUCAUGAUUUUGCUCUUUAGUAUGAAUCCUGCGUGACACUCAAGCAGCCAGGGGACGCGGAAAAGCGUUUUUCAUUGGGAGUGCGUGAGCUAUGACGUCACACGCGGUUAAAUGAUCGAAUCAUAAAUGUGUCGAUUAAUUUUCUAUAAUAGCACAACUCUGAAAGAGUUACAUAUAUAAAUAUGUUUGUAAAAAAAAAGUACGCGCGUUGUAAUGAGUUAUCGCUCAUUUAUUAACUACUCAUUUACAUAAUUGAAGCCUCAUAAUCAAUGGAUCAAAAAAACGUGUUGUUUAACAAAGGAAAGUGUAGCCUGUAAUUGUUCACAUGGUGAAGUUGACUGUAAGGAGACGUGUAUUUAACUUUUAUGGAAGGAGUCACAGCGCCUUCAACAGCCCGUAAGUUUCCCCAUACAGAGUAUCCACUAUCUAAUUUUUUCUUUCUCUUGACGUUAAUGAGACAAAAAAAAAAAAAAAACCGCAAAAACGUUCUCGUGUUUUGUCAAGUCCGCGCAAGCUCCUGAAGAGUGUCCUGAAGUCUCGCGGACGUUCCAUAAAAAAACGCAAUGUGUUGUUCAUUAAUACGAUAAAUAUGGAAAUGUUAGAAAAUCACUGUGACAUAAAGGAAUUCUGUCUGACAUACAAACGUAAAAAAAAGCUUUAAAUGUCUAUUUCCUCUUCUAUUUAUUAUUAUUAUUAUUAUUAUUAUUAUUAUUAUUAUUAUUAUUAUUAUUAUUAUUAUUAUGUUAGCAGUUGUUUCUAGUGUCUUCGAAGCCUACUUAACCAGUCGAGCUGAGUUUUAUCAGUCGAGGAUUGUAGCUUUACGUCAUAUUUACUGAAGAACUGUAAUUAUAUUCUAUCAGGAAUACGGGUCAAUAUAUACGAAAUAAACUUAUUUUAUUUUAUUGUAUUAUGGCGUCUUUGUACCAUUCUUAGUACCAGUCUGUCUGAACGGUGCUAUUAACCUGAAUCUAGUCUGGAUAACAUUAAGCAACAUUUAAAUACAGCAGCGAAUGUCACAUCCUGUAGUUCCCAUAUUCCCAGUUUCUCAGAGGAAUGUGGUAAUACGUUUCUAUGGCACCUUUAACAGUUUCUUUAAUGCAUCGAUGAGCUUGUCAAUACUGUCAUCACCAGGAGGAACGUGCUCCUCAGCUCUACUGAAUCACGU